UUGUAACUUGAAAUGAUUAGCCAGUGAGAUGUCCUGCUCUGGGUCAACCUCGUUUGCCGGGCGGGAGCAAUUAGCCGACUGCUGACUGCUUAGGGAAUAAAAAAAGUAGGUGUCUAUUUUCGCACUGCGCGGAUUAAAUGAUAAUAGGCGUGUAUUGCAGUAAACAUGGCUGACGACACUGCCUUACUGGAUGUUCAGCUGCCUCCUGCUACCGAAAUCAGGAAAACUCGUCCCAAAAAAGCUCCUGAGCUACCUAUUCAGGAGAGACGAAACUGGCUCAUCCACCUUCACUACAUCCGCAAAGACUAUGAAACUUGUAAGGCCAUCAUCAAAGAGCAACUGCAAGAGACCAGGGGGAUGUGUGAAUAUGCUGUCUAUGUACAAGCUCUGAUCCUUCGCCUGGAAGGGAAGAUCCAGCAGUCUAUGGAUCUAUUCCAAAGCUGUGCAGUACUCAACCCUGGUAGCUCAGAGAACCUAAAACAAGUGGCCAGAUCCCUAUUUCUACUUGGUAAGCAUAAGGCUGCCAUAGAGGUUUACAAUGAGGCUUCACAACUGAAUCAGAAGGACUGGGAGAUCAGCCAUAAUCUGGGUGUUUGCUACAUCUACACCAAAGAUUUCACAAGUGCAAAAGAACAGUUGAACAUUGCCCUGGGGUUGAGCAAGCAUGACCUGACCUACAUGAUGCUUGGAAAGAUAUACCUACUGGAAGGGGACAAUGACAAAGCAAUCGAAGUUUACAGGAGCGCUGUUGAGUUUUCUCCUGAAAACACGGAUCUUCUUACCACACUUGGCUUGCUCUACAUGCAGCAAGGCAAAUAUCAGAGAGCGUUUGAGCACCUUGGGAAUGCCUUAACGUAUGACCCCAACAACUUUAAGGCCAUCCUGGCGGCAGGCAGCAUGAUGCAGACUCAUGGGGACUUUGACGUGGCCAUGAAUAAGUACCGUGUGGCAGCGUAUGCCGUUCCAGAGAGCUCCCCCCUCUGGAACAACAUUGGCAUGUGUUUUUUUGGAAACAAGAAGUAUGUGGCGGCCAUCAGCUGUCUGAAGAGGGCCAAUUACCUGUCUCCAUUUGACUGGAAGAUCCUGUACAACCUGGGCCUGGUGCACCUUACCAUGCAACAGUACGCCUCAGCCUUCCACUUUCUCAGUGCUGCUGUCAACCUGCAGCCAAAGACUGCAGAGCUGUACAUGCUGCUGGCAGUUGCCCUAACUCACAUGGAUGACUGGGAGAAUGCCAAGCGGUCAUAUGAGGAAGCAGUUUCUUUGGAUGAAUGCAACCCCUUGAUCAAUCUGAAUUUUGCUGUCCUACUAUUCAAUCAAGAAGACAAGGAAGGAGCCACAGCUCAGUACCUGGAGAUGGAGAGGAAGGUGAUGGAGAGCAACCAUAAUGCAGAAUUUGAUCCAGAGCUCAUUGAGAUGGCACAGAAGUUGGCAUCUCAUCUCCAGGUGGGAGAGACCUCAGUCUGGACCAAGCCAGGUAAGGACUCCAAAGGUGGCCAGCGCUCCAAGACCACAUGGCUACAGCCCCUGGGCACCAACCAGGCCCUUGGGCAGGCCAUGUCUUCUGCUGCCAGCAAAAGCAUCCGGCUAGGUGCAGGCUCAAAGGCUCAACCUAGGGCCGCCUCCACCUCCAUGACUCCAGAUGAAGAGCCUGACAUGGAGAACAGCCCCUCCCAUCCCCAAGAGCCACCAGAGGACCCGGAGUCAGAGGAGCCCAAAGAAAAGAAGAGGAGCAGGUCUAAACCUGUGGCUGAGUAGUGUCCUUACACCGUUACCUAAAGUGAAGGGAUGUUUGGUGCUUUAGAAGAUGUACUGGUGUUUUUUAGGGACUUUUUGUGAAGGCAGUGUUUACAGGUCUGUGGAAAUUACAUUCAGAGUACGUGGCAUAUGUUGUCUCAAUCAGAGAUUGUUAAAAUGUAAGUUGCGCUACAACUGUUAUCUUGAGCAGGCUAUAUUAGGGAUAUCUGCUUAUUUAAAGGUUUGCACAGAAAAUAUUUAUACAUUAAUUAAAUGUUAAAUACAAGCCACAGUUGUUCUUAUCUGGCCUAGUGAUUUGGAAAGGUAUCAUCUGUCAUUAACUACACAAGUAUUCACUGCAGUUGUCUUUUCACAGUUUCCAUGUGCGAUUGUUUGUUUGACAUCUGUUAUAUUGAGGAUUAAUUACACACCAGUAGCAUUGGCUGAAAUAUACACAGUCUAAAAAGGGUUAUGCUUCAGUCAAGUUUACUGGUCCUUUAAAAAAAAUGUACACAGUAAUAACACUCAAGUCAAUAUGCAGUAGUUAGGGGUACAAUUUCAGUGCUCGAAUUGACAAGGUAUCUGAAUGUUAAGAAAUAUAUACUCAGAAUUGAGUUUUUCUUAAAAUUAAAAAAUUUAUUAGAGAGAGUAAAAUUAGGAAUUUAGUUAUUGGUCAAUUUGUAACAAUUAUUGUUUUAAUUGAGGUUCAUUUCAACAUUGUCACAAAGAAAAUGCUAAAUAAAAUAUUUUUUUACUAUU